AUGUACCCGAACCCAUACCAGAACAACCAGCAAGGAGGCCAAUACCCUCCUCCAGGCUCAGGAGCCCCCCAGCAGGCCUAUGCUCCCCCCACGAAUGCUCCACCUUCAAUGUACCCUGCCCCCGGAGGUCCGCCUUACCAACCGCAGACCGCAUACCAACCGCCCACCGCAUACCAGCCCCUUGCAGGCUACCCACCCCAGCAGCAGGCAACGCCAGGUUACCCCGGCGGCACGAUGUACCCACCACUCCCUCAACCCGGCGCACCCCCUGCAGGAGGAGCUUACGCAGGAGGAGCCUACCCACCCCCCGCCCAGCUUCCUUUUAGCGGAAUGCCCGCUGCUGUUCCUACGCCCAACCCUUCGGGAGGAGGAGGAAUGCCCAUGAGCAUGCCCAUGAGCAUGCCCAUGAGCAUGCCCAGCCCACACCAGUAUGGUCAACAACCUGCAUACCCUCAGCACCAGCCCGUCCAGAACCAAUACUCCCAGGGAAACAUGGUCCCGCCUUUCUCCCCUGUCCAGCCCAACAGCAGCCCUUACGGACAACCCGCCUACCCUCCUCAACCUUCUCAACAUCAACCACCUACGAUGAACCCUUCGACGACAUAUGGAUUCUUGUGCGGACCUUUGCUCCGAUACCAAAACAUGGAUUUGCACCAGGGCAACUGGUUGGGUUCUGUCUUGAUGGUCUCGAAGCCCGAUCCUCAUGGACAACAGGGUCCUCCUCCCGUCUUGACCUGGUCCGAUGGUCGUAGCCAUCCUCAGCAGGUUACAGGACUGGCUAUUGACGGAUACAACCAGUCGAUCUUUUGGCGAUUCGCUCUGGUUAUCCCUCAGGACCCUCAAGUCACCAAGAAGAUCACCUACUCUAUUAACGGAGGCUCCAGCUACUGGUUUUUCGUUGCCGGACGGAGCGAGUCCUUCCGCUGGAUGUUUUAUUCUUGCAAUGGUUUCUCGUCCGCUACGGAUUCAGUCGCGAUUGGAGGAGCGAACCCGUUGUGGAACGAUGCACUGGCCAAGCACACCGAACACCCCUACCAUGUCAUGGUCGGAGGCGGCGACCAACUUUAUUGUGAUUCCCUUCUGGAUGAGCCCGAGAUGAAGGAGUGGUUGUCCGGAACCAUCUCAGAGCGUGAGAAGGCUACCUGUAAGCCUCAUUGGGUUCAUGCGAUUGAAAAGUAUUACUUUAACCGGUAUUGUACUUGGUUCUCCCAGGGCACUUUUGGCCAGGCGCUUGCUGCUAUCCCUACUGUCAACAUGUGGGAUGAUCACGACACGAUCGACGGAUACGGAUCGUAUCCCGAGGCGACGAUGAAAUCCUCCGUCAUCACAACCAUCGGCGCUGUCUCUCGUAAAUUCUACCUCCUCUUCCAACAGCACACAACACCCGCCCUCGUCCCCCACCACGGAUUCUUCUCUGCGGGCGUCGGAGAAAACAUCCUCGCGUCCUUUGGACCCUCUACAUCCAUUCUCGCCCUUGACGCCCGUUCUGAACGUACCAAGAAUGUCGUCUGUUCGGAUCAGACGUAUGAUUUGGCGUUUGCAAAGAUGUACAAUGAGAUUCCCCAGGGGACUAGGCAUUUGUUGGUCCAGAUUGGCGUCCCGAUUGCGUACCCGAGAUUGGUUUUCGCAGAGAAUUUGAUGGGGAGUGUGGGGAGUGUGCUGGGUGGGUUGGCGAGUGCGAAGAGUGUGGUGAAUAAGAUUAAUGGCGAGCCCGAGUUGCUUGAUGAUCUUAACGACCACUGGACCGCCAAGGCACACAAGCAGGAGAGAAACAAGUUCAUCGUCCGACUCCAAAACUUUGCCAACGACCGCAAGAUCCGCAUCACCUUCAUCUCGGGCGACGUCCAUUGCGCCGGCAUUGGUCGCUUCACCGCCAAAAUCUCGCCACCCGAAAAGGAUCCCCAACUGAUGUACCAAGUUAUCUCGUCGGCGAUCGUCAACGAACCCCCACCAGAGGGCGUCAUCCGUCUCUUGCACUUCCAGGAUAAGGUCCAUAUCUUGGAUGGACGCGUCAAGACUUACGAGGAUAUGUACCCGAUGUUUACAACGGAUGUGAAUGGACAGUCGUUGCAGUUGGAUAAGCUCUUGCCGAGGCGGAAUUAUUCUCAUGGUUAUUUUAACCAUCAUACUGGUGGAUUGGAGGUGACGAUCUUUGCGGAGAAUGUGAGAGGUGGGCCUGAACAUACCCCGGGCGGGGAUAAGGGGACGAAGGGUUAUGUUAUCCAUGUUCCUCGUCUUGAGGCUUAA